AUAAUAGGCUUAGUCACUCCAGAUCCGCCGUUAAUAACCUCAGUCCUGCUUGCACUAAAAUAAGUAGUCUUGCUAUAGGAAAAUAUUGCUUUUUGAAUUGCCAGCAAUCACCUCACCAAGCUUUGCUAUCAGGAAUCUUUGUUGCUACACCAAGGAAAGACUACACCCGAGGGGAAACAGCCUAGAACAUUACAGCCAAACUACACACGUUGCAAAGACCUUUGCCGUCCAAAUAGCUCGCGCCUUUGCCACAGGAAGAUAAGUCGCCCAAAUAACAAACGGUGCACCACAACAACCCGCACUACCGCCUUAUUUACCAAACAGCACAAAAAACAAAGUUAGAAGCACAACGCUACUUCACAUCGCUAGAUGACCGAGAUACCAGAUGAUCCGAGCGACAGUGCGGAAAGCAAGAAGUCGCGCAACCGCGUGCCCACGUCGUGCUCCGUGUGCCGGCGGCGCAAGAUGAAGUGCGAUAAGCAGCGGCCGCACUGCGGCGCGUGUAUCGAGACGGGCUACGCGGAGCUCUGCAUCUAUGAGUCGCAGCCGUGGGAGAAGAGCUUGGCACAGGAGAACCGCCGGUUGCGCGUGCAGGUGAGCGAGAUGGAGGACCGCAUCAAGCAGCUCGAGGAGCGCUUGAGGGCGUACGGGCCGGGCGCGGAUAAGGGGUCGAAUGCGGGGGGCACGCCCGACCGCACGCCCAAACCCUCAAAGAAACCCGCGGCAGACCCCUCGGACCCCGUCUUCGAUCUCACCGAGAAGUUUGACGUGAUGAUUGCGAACGAGGAAAAGUUGAUGCACUACGGCACCACGUCGUUCGUGUCGCUCAUGAACGAGGAGUACAUCGUCGGGGACCAUUACCGCAAGAUUAUCCUGCGUCUCGACGUGGAAAACAACAUCUGGGGCGUAUCGCACCCGCCAAUCUCCACGCACUCGCCGCUCGUGGAAGGCGGCGAGGACAAGCGCACCAUGUUGAACGCUUAUGCCAAAAUCCUCGGCAUCCAGGGCGACUCGUUCCGCACCAGCAACUUCCUUCCGGACUUGUCGCGCCAGUUCCAGGAGAUCAUUCCGCCCAUCAACGCGGCGUUGCCACCACGGCGCAUCUUCGACCUUUUGCUCGAGCGGUUCUUUCGUUACGUCUACAGCGUGACGCCCUACGUUGACGAGAUUACGUUCAAAAAGGAGCUCGAUGUGAUUUUAUUCACCAACGCCAACGAUGGGCGCGUGUUCUUCUCCAUCAGCCGCUACAGCCAGUUGUCCACCGUGUGCACAUGCCUCGUGCUUCUCCGCUUUGCCUACAUCACCAUCACGCCCAAGGAGUUGCUAACUCCGACAAUCAACCCCUUUGACAAGCAGCAGGACUUGCUCGUGGCAGAAAUUGCCUUGAGCGGCGUUGUCGUCGGCUCUAAUUUCAUCGAGUUUGCUAAACAAUGCUUGUCCUACGGCGCCGUUUUCCGCAACACUGACAUGCGUAACGUCCAGGCGUUGCUUCUCUUCAAGAUGUACCGCUUCUACUCGCCCGAGAGCGGCAAGGAGGGCUUUGAGUGCGUGUUGGCAAUCUUGGUUCAUAUGGCGCGUGUCCAUGGCUUGCACCGCGACCCGGGCAAGUUCGGCAAAGCCAUUCCCGAUGAACGCACCAAGCACUUGUGGCGCAAGAUCUGGGCGCAGCUCAUCUUCUUGGACAGCGCACAGGCCAUUUUCUACGGGUGCCCGUUGUUGAUUUACGACGACCAGUAUGACACCAAGGCGCCGUUCUUGUCAGACGGGUUGCUUGCCAAAGGUGGGCUCUUCGAGCAUGAGGAGCAGGUGGUCGAGAACAUUGCGCUCCAGCUUGAGGUGUCCACCUUGGUCCGCAGCAUCGUCAAGUUGUGCUCCAACAUCUCGUUACCGCCAAAGCGCUCCGAGUUGGUGCUGAAGUUGCUGGAGGUGGACUACGUGCUCAACUUCCGUUUGCAGUCGUUUGAGGACUUUUUCAAGUUGAACGAUGCGCCUGUGCCCGACUGGGCGUUUUUGCUCCGCGGCGUGCAGUGCGGGUUGCGGGUCUGUCUCACGUCCGCCUACUACACCGUCAACUGCAUCCUCUAUCUCACGUGCCUGCCGGAGGAGACCGAGUUGCGCAAGAAGUUCUCUGACACCAGCAUCGAGCGCGCGAUGAUCUUGGUCAAGUUGUGCUACAACUUCUUUGGCAACCAGUCGUCACGCGUGUACAAUCAUGGUUUGGAAACGUUGCUUGCGCCGUUGAUCCUUGACGGUGCGCUUCCUGCGUUGCACAUGUUUUGCACCACCAGCAUUCGCAACUCCUUCGAUUUGACCAAGUUCUCUGACGCCAUUGAGUCGUUCAAGAGCGUCGAUGCCGUCGGUGUUUUGCGCUGGUUCGUCCUGUACAGCUCUGCCAAGCAAACGACGCCCGCGGGCUGCAUCCUCCUCCUCGUCGAGGAGUUGUUCUACAAAUCCAAGGCCCUCUCCACCAACUACUACCGUUGUUACCAGAUCUGUAUGAUCUUGCGCAUGUUUAUCAUCAUCUACAAGGACUUCCACCAGCAGUCCCAGAAUCAUCAGGAGCGCAUGAGCCAACGUCAAGCCGAGCUCCCGAGGGUGGAGAAGAAGCAAAAAUUGGAAGUUCCGCGCGACGAGUUCCUAACCCCUAGCUCUGUGACAUCAGACACGGGCUCGACUUCCGGCGCCGCCGUUGCCACCCCCAUGUCCAUCAGCUCCACAGGGCCUAUACCCGGCUCCAUAAUCAACUCGCACCACUCCAUCAAUCAGGAAAUCAUCAACCUUAGCACUCACGAGCAAGACGACUUCUGGAAACAGUUCUUUGACGACGGCAACAAGACAGGCUUCGAGAGCGUGCCGAACUUUAGCGAAACUAUGCCAAACGGUUCCGAUUUCAGUACUCAUUUCCUUGAUCACAUGAACAAUGCCAUCAUUUCCCUGUUGCCAAACAGGGCUAUGUCCAGCGUACCGUCUCACAACUUUGUCGGGGAUCCCCGAAUGGCCCCCGAUUCUGGCGGUCUGGUUGACGAGUUUGGAAGGAGAUUCUAGUCUAGGCUGAACAACUGUUAGCGGUAUGGAGAUUCAGAUGGUGCCCGCUGAUCUCCAGAAGCGGUUGAUCGUCCCACGUAUGGGGAUGUACCAAUGGUUAAAUAUGAUUGUAAAUACCCCUGAACAGCGAUAUUGGGAGGACUACGUCUUUGAAUCUGAGCCGGGUACGAGUGACUUGAUAACACCUCUACUAGCUGCGGUCUGAAACAGGACGAUAAAUAUAAUGUAAUAUCCAUGGUUA